AAGUUUGGGAGAUUUUGCAUCUUCCUAGUGAAAGGAAUUGCCAUGUGACGUUGCUAUAUAAAAACCAUCGAAUCUUUCGUUUAAGCCACAUUUCGACUCUAGUCCUUAACAUACGUACACCAUGAGAGCCUUCAUAGUUUCCCUCUUGCUGGUCUGCGUGAUCGCAGCAAACGGCGAAGCACCCUCCAAGAAUGUCGAAAAACGCGGUCUGCUGGGAGGCAGCGGCUACAGUUCUGGAGGUCUGCAUGGAAGCGGCGGAUACAGUUCUGGAGGUCUGCACGGAAGUGGCGGAUACAGUUCUGGAGGUCUGCUGAGCGGCGGAUACAGCGGUGGUCAUGGAGUGAGUGGAAGUUACCUUCCACCUGUGCCGGUUAAGAAACCUUACGUGCCAGCUCCCACAUACGGUGUCCCAUCGUACACACCUUCCUUCCAGGUCCCAUCCUACAGCUCUGGAGGCGACUUUGGUCAUUCCGUUGGCCACGUUCCUUCUUAUUCCGCACCCGUAUCUGCACCGUUGCCGAGCUAUGGUAUCCCCAGCUACGCUCCAGCGUCCACUUAUGGCGCCCCUGCUCCAGCGUUCCACCAUUCCUCCCACGGUUUGGGAUCCGGAAGUUAUGGUGCACCAAGCCUAGAGUCGGUGCAUUCUGUCGCCUUAGGUUCUUACCCCAGCAAGAGUUAUGGCGUCCCUGCUCUGGCUCUUGGUGGUGGACUCUCUUUGGGUGUGCCCAGCAAAUCUUAUGGCGUUCCUGCAAUUCAUGGAUCUGGAUUCUCAUCGGGUUUGUCCCUUGGACACGCUGCUCUCCCAAGCUCCACUUAUGGUGCACCUAGCCAUGGCGUACAUGGAUCUAGCUUGUCCGUUGCAUCCGUAGGCUUACCAAGUGCUACUUAUGGUGUACCUAGCCAUGGAUCUAGCUUGUCCGUUGGUCUUCCCAGCUCUAGUUAUGGUGUACCUAGCCAUGGAGGUUCUGAUUUGUCACUUGGAUCUGUUGGAUCUGUUGGUCUUCCCAGCUCUACCUAUGGUGUACCUAGUCAUGGACAUGGUUCUGACUUAUCCGUUGGAUCCGUUGGAUCCGUUGGUCUCCCCAGUGUUUCUUACGGUGUACCUAGUACUGGUGGCCAUGGUGGAUCCGGUGACGGAUACUCGUACCCCGUCCCAUCGACUAAGUUGCUCGAUUAAGUUAUUGUUGGGAGGGUUAAUUGAAAUUUAGGUAAUUUCUUCAUUUUUUUAUGGAAGUUGUUGCGAAAUUGACUGUACUUGAAACACGAAAACCAGUGUAAAUAAGAACUGAGAUUGUAGGAAGUUUUUGUAUGUAAAUAAAAAAAUUAUUACCA